UUCACCGAAAGCAAAAUAACAACGACGAAAUAAAGAAAAUUUUUGCAAAAAUUUUUUAUAUAUCGAAGAAAAAAUAGAUUUUUAGUGCUUUUAUACAUAGAAAUUUUUAACAAAAUCUUUUCAAAAAGACUGCAUUUCAGUUUUAAAUUAACAAAAAAAUGAUAAAUUCCGUGCGAUAUGAACGCAGCAACAGCAGUGAACAAAUGCAAUUUAAUGUUUUGAGUGAUAGUGGCGGUCGCAGUAGUAUUGGAGGUGGUGAAUCACCUCUUACUCCUAGCCAAACAUCAACAACGCCUGCUAAUAGCAUGACAGAAGAACCCUUGGGUAUAGGAAAUAUUCUUUGCACCCAUGAUGGCGUUCUGUUGAAAAAAGCCAGUGCUGAACAUAUAGCUGACCUUAAUACCAGCGGCUCUUUGUCGUUGGUGGAAUAUGGUCCCUCUAAACGUUUGUAUAUAGAGUGGAAACCUAAUGAAAAUAUUUUAAUCGCAGAUGAUAGCCAGGAUCAAGGUGAUUGGGCUUUAGUUGAUACUAUAUCACAACGUAAUCGCACCGUUUCAGAGUGUAAAGUUUUCAAUACAAAACCCAUGGAAACAUCUACGGGUUCUAUACCAAAAGCUCGCCUUAUACGCACUUUUCUGGAGGAUUUAUCUGGUAUUGAGGUCAAACAACGUCGCCAAACUAUUAAGUUUAUGCGUAAAUUAGAUGGCACUUUACACACCGAAUUCUUUUUCCAGCACGGCAAUGCUGAUCUAUUUUUAAGUAGCCUUAAGAAGUUACACGUCAUCGAUAUGGCUCCUGCAGCUCGAGCUGGGGAAGAAUAUGUUAUCCUAACCACCGAGACCCAAAAACUAAAGAAAACUUUUGCCGAGCUUGAUAUAGGAGAAAUAAAGGCCAGUUCCUUGGGCAAUGAGGGCUGGCUACCGAAUAAAGUUGUUGGCUUACUAGCGAGUAUACCCGAUUAUAUGGCACAUAAAACACCACCCAAAGUUAGACCUGGCACCAUAGAAGUAAAAGAACGCCAGAAAUCAUCACCACCUUCUGACAACUAUCAGCUGGUGGGCAUAGGCGGCAGCACUAAUACCUCGGACUCGCGCAGUCGUGCCAGCAGUUUGGAUAAAUCACCAGAAAUGGAUUCAAGUGAAAUGGAAAAUGUUAAGGAAAUCGAUGAGAAAAUUAUACCACCCCUACCAGAACGAAAGCCGGUCUUAAGAGGUUUACCUCUUAACGAAAAUCAAUGGUUGGAAUUUCAAACACCCGAUGGUCGUAUUUCAGAUCCUUGUCGUAUUUUAGAAAUCAUAUUCAAAGGUGGCAUUGAACCCAAACUACGUUGUGAAGUUUGGAAGUAUCUACUAAACUACUAUCAAUGGAGUGACAAUGAGGUGGAGCGUAUAGCCAGACGAAAACAAAAGUCCAUGGAAUACUAUAGUAUGAAGGCUCAAUGGUUAUCGAUGACCACUAUACAAGAGGCGAAUUUUUCCGGUUAUCGUGAUCGCAAGUGUCAAAUUGAAAAGGAUGUUAAACGGACAGAUCGUUCUUUGGACUAUUUUGCCGGUGAAGAUAAUCCAAAUUUGUCGACAUUGCAGGGUAUAUUGAUGACCUAUGUUAUGUAUAAUUUUGAUUUGGGUUAUGUUCAGGGCAUGUCGGAUUUAUUGGCACCCAUUUUGGCAACAUUGGAAAAUGAAGUCGAUGCCUUUUGGUGUUUUGUUGGUUUUAUGGACAUGGUAUUCGCCAACUUUGAUAUCGAUCAAGCCGGCAUGAAAACACAAUUCAAUCAAUUACGUGCCCUCUUAGAAUUUGCAAAUCCUCGACUUUUUAAAUACAUGAUUAGCCACGAUUCGGAUAAUAUGUAUUUUUGUUUCCGUUGGCUUUUAGUUUGGUAUAAACGUGAAUUUUCCAAUGAUGACAUUUUAAAAUUGUGGGAAUGUCUGUGGACCAAAUUACCUUGUCCCAAUUUUCAUAUACUUAUAUCGGUAGCAAUAUUAGAUCAACAAACCGAUGUUAUUAUCGAAAGUCAAUAUGAAUUUACGGAAAUACUAAAGCAUGUCAAUGAACUAUCAGGAAAUAUUGAUUUGAGACGUACUUUGGAAAUAGCAGAAGCCAUAUAUCAUCAAAUAAAAGAGGCUGAAAAUUUACCCAAUACAAUAAGACUUAUAAUAGGAGAACCGCUAAUAGAGACAGAAGCCACUGGUGAGGGUGACAAUGAUACACCCGAACAGUUUGAUGACGAUUUUGAUGAAUUGGUGAGAGAACAGACACCAGAGGAGAAGAAACGCAAUCAAGAGUGGUUAGAGGAAGCCUGUGAACGUUCCAUGUUUUUGCAAUAUAUGUAAUAAUUUUAUAUUUAUAUACAUAUAACAAACUAGCGUAUAGAUUAUAAUGCAAAUUCAAAAUAGCACACAUUAAGUAGGAUUUUGUUUUCAGUUUUUGUUAUAGUUACUAUUAUAAGGCGUAUUGCAAAGUUUAAAAAAAACUCCUUAGCUAACUAUAGCAAAGCUAAGUUUCCUUUAGGGAAGUUCAAGAAAUACGCCUGUUUAUGUUAAAUUGUUUAGUCUUGUAUUUAAGUUGAAUUAUGAAUUAUUCUUUUUUUUUUUAUUUUAUAUUUUUUUUUAUAAUAAUAAGGCAGGUUAAAGCAAAUUAAAAAUUAUUAACUAUAUAUUAAAAUAAAUAAAAACAAAACGCCCCAUUUAAUGGCCUCAACAACUAUUGUUAUAAAAAAAAUAAAACGUAAAAUCUAUACGAUAAAUAUUAAUUAAACUUUAUUCCUUAUAUAUCCAAUAUCUUUAUGUAUUUGCCGAAAAAAAACCAAAACAAAAACUAAUAUCAAUUAUUUUAUAACGCAAACAACAAUUAAUGUUUAAAACGAGAUAUAUACAUACAAAUAUAAAACAUACAUAGUAUUUAAUUAUAAUAUAAUUAAAACAUUUUAAUUUUUAUUGAGAAACAAAAAGAAAAGCCACACAAUUUAAUUAGAUGGUGAAAUAAAAAAAUAACACAUUUUUUUCAAAAUAAAA